AUGUUGAGAGAUGGUUACAAUGUACAAUUCGAGGGCACCAUUGUACGGACAGCACAAGAACCGACGUUACUGAGAGAGAACAAUAUUCAACGUGACCAAGGAUGGUCUUGGAUUGUGUUGUUUGCAGCAUUUCUAACGUUGUUUAUUACAAAUGGAAUGCAUGCAUCCUUUGGUAUCUUGUACGCGGCACUUAUCUCUCAUUUCGGCUCUGGACGCGAAGAAACAGGUAGACCAGUCAUUUAUAACGUUUUUUGCAGAAACAUUGUUUCCCAGGGAACAGAGCAAACUAGCAAAACAUUGUUUCCUAGCUAUGUUUCCAGAAGGUGGACAAACCAAGAAACAUUGUUUGCUAAUUCCUAGCCAUGUCUCCCGAAGGUGAACAAACCAGGAAACUUUGUUCCCCAGCCAUGUCUCCCGAAGGUGGACAAACCAGGAAACAUUGUUUCCUAGCCAUGUUUCCUGAAGGUGGACAAACCAGGAAACAUUGUUUCCUAGCCAUGUUUCCCAAAGGUGGACAAACCAGGAAACAUUGUUUCCUAGCCAUGUUUCCUGAAGGUGGACAAACCAGGAAACAUUGUUUCCUAGCCAUGUUUCCUGAAGGUGGACAAACCGGGAAACAUUGUUUCCUAGCCAUGUUUCCCGAAGGUGGGCAAAUCAAGAAACAUUGUUUCCUAGCCAUGUUUCCCGAAGGUGAACAAACCAGGAAACUUUGUUCCCCAGCCAUGUCUCCCGAAGGUGGACAAACCAGCAAACAUUGUUUCCUAGCCAUGUUUCUCCAAGGUGGACAAACCAGGAAACAUUGUUUCCUGAAUUUGUUGGAAUUUUUAUUUAGGAUUUUGCAUUGAUAUCUUACAAUGAUAAAUAUUAUUGAUAAAUAUUAUUUUCCAUUCAUUUUCCAGCUUGGAUCGGUUCAAUCUCUCUUGGUCUGCUGUGUUUCUUCAGUCCAGUGGCGAGUGUUCUCAUAGAACAGAUUGGAUGUCGCGCUACAAGCAUUAUAGGCGCGUUCUUGUGUUCCCUAGGGUUCCUUAUAACAUCGUUUGCAACUGGGAUAGCGCUGCUUUAUUUCUCUCAUGGUCUACUCUUUGGCCUGGGUACUAGUCUUACGUAUACAGCGGCAAUGACGGUUGUUGGACGAAGUUUUGAGAGACGGAGAAAUAUUGCAACAGGUUGGUUACAGGCGCUUGCGGGUUAGGGUGAAAUUAGGACCAUCCUAAUAUACAGCCUGCUCGCGGGUCAGGGUGAAAUUAGGCCGGCCAUCCUAAUAUAGAGCCUGCUCGCAUUACAAGGUUGAUAACGGUAACAGACUUGCCACAAUUUGUUCCAACAAGACUAAUACAUGCUGUUCGUAACAAGUUGCCAUGAGCUUGUUGUCGUCAAUUUGUUAACAACUUGUUACGUAUGAAAUCCGACUAGUUGGAACAACUUCUGCGAGUGUGUUGGUCACAUCAUCCUUGUUACAAGAUGAUAACAACUUGUUCCAGACUUGUCACAACAACUGGGAGCUAGUAGUGCGAACACAUCUUGUUGUUAAAGUGUGAGAUUUUUACGAUGUAAUUGAAACCUUUGCGAUCGGUCAUUCCUGACAUGUUUAACAUUUAUCCCUAGGCCUCUGCACAUCGGGAAGUCAAUUCGGUGGAAUUUCUCUGGCGCCUCUUUCGCAAGUUCUAUUUGACCGUUUGGGCUUUGCAAACACGUUCCGUAUAUUCGCUGGUCUCUUGUUGGUUGUUGCAAUAUCCAGUUUAGUAUACAGAUCAGAGCUGAGCGGAAAUACGUCACGACCAACCUCCGCCAAGAAGUCCCCGAAGGAGAUGCUAAAUGUUUGGAAGAGCAAGGCCUACAUUGUCUGGGCACUGGGUACUACAAUGGUGACGCUAGGCUACAAUAUACCACGCUAUACAUUGGUAAAUUGCAUUGUAGAUUAUUUCAUAGAGACUGCACACCUUUGUCAUUUAUUACGUUGUUGGUCCGGUGUUACUUAGGGAGGAAACCUAACUUAAACUGACAUUGUUUAUACUGGACAGCUCUGUCAGUUAUAAACUGUUCUUCCUAGAAAUCCAGUAUGGACAAAUCCCUUAUUGAUCCAUUGUUACUACAAGAGGAAACCUAACUUAAACAGACAUACUGGAUAGCUCUAUCAGUUAUUAAGUGUUCUUCCUAGACAUCCAGUAUGGACAAAUCCCUUAUUGAUCCAUUGUUACAACAAGAGGAAACCCAACUUAAAUUGACAUUGUUUAUACUGGAUAGCUCUAUCAGUUAUUAAGUGUUCUUCCUAGACAUCCAGUAUGGACAAUCCCUUAUUGAUUCAUUGUUACUACAGGAGGAAACCUAAGUUAAACUAACAUUUUUAUACUGGAUAGGAAUCGUACUCCAGUCACAGAGAGGAAAGGCUCUCGCCACCGUGCCGCGAACAUCUUGAACCAGAAAAGGCUCCAAACUUCAUUAUCAUUAACAGAUUCUGUUUAUAUUCACAGGCAAAAUAUGCAAGUGACCAAGGAAUCUCUAAAGAUGCAUCAGCCUGGCUGGUGUCUUAUCUCUGCGCCUCCUCUGCCAUCGGGCGAAUUACAUUUGGACGUUUGUGUGAAUGGGUACCUAAACUCUACUUGUGUCAAGCAUGCAUUAUCGGUUGUGCAUUCUCUGCGUUUCUCUAUCCAUUUCUCAAGUCGUAUUUAGCUCUGGUGAUCACAGCUAUCAUAUUUGGCCUUCCUGAUGGCGGUUUCGUCGCAUCCCUAUCUAUGGUUACCACUGAGAUAGUUGGUCCUGAAAAAAUGGUUGAAGGUUUUGGAUUCAUGUUGUUUUGUCAGUCGUAUUCCAAUGUUAUAGGCCCUCCUCUAUCAGGUAACGAUAUUGCUAAAUUUAAUUAAUGUUGCGGAUUACAUACAAAGUGGAAUUUAAGGUCGGUUUACACUUCGGUGCAAUUUAGCUGCGAUUUUCUUCUUUUGAUGGAUGUGAACGAGUGGAUGAGUAAUGAAUGUUCACAUGACGGUUCAUAUAUACUCACAACUCUUCCACUCGUUUAUAUGAAACGCAAGAACUCCCUUUACAAAUGCCAGAACUCCCUUUUCAAAUGGCAGAACUUGGUUUUCAAAUGGCAGAAUUUGGUUUUCAAAUGCCCAGAACUACGUUUUCAAAUGGCGGAACUUGGUUUUCAAACGGCAGAACUUGGUUUUCAAAUGCCAGAACUACGUUUUCAAAUGGCAGAACUUGGUUUUCAAAUGCCAGAACUACGUUUUCAAAUGGCGGAACUUGGUUUUCAAACGGCAGAACUUGGUUUUCAAAUGCCAGAACUACGUUUUCAAAUGGCAGAACUUGAUUUUCAAAUGCCAGAACUACGUUUUCAAACGGCAGAACUCCGUUUUCAAAGUCAUCCGUAAGAAUAAGAAAAUUGCGCAGCAAUAUUUGCAAGUGUAAAUGGGCCUUAACUGUAUGCUAUUCAUCUCUGUUACCAAUAACUUGAAGAAAUAGCCGUUACUAGGCUUCUAGGAGGAACAGUUUAGAACUGACAGAGCUGUCCAGUAUAAAUAAAAUUAGUUUGGCUGUAGUUACGUUUGACCAACAAGGCCUUAAUGGCUCUUACUGGACCUAACUCUGCAUAAACUAGUUUCGGUUUCCUCUUGUAGUAACACGGGACCAGCAAAGGAUGGUUGUUACUGGACCUCUAGGAAGAACAAUAUGAUAGAACUAUCCAGUACAAAUAAAGAAGUUGUGCCUCAGUACUUUUUUAAAUGUGAUGAAAUUUUGUGUUUUUUCUAGGCAUGUUGUACGACACUUAUAAAUCGUACAAAGCCGCGUUUUGUUUCGCUGCGGUACCAGAGAUUAUCGGAUUCUUGAUGUUAUUCCUGAUUCCUUAUUAUCGCCGUAAUCAAGUGAAAUACACGCACGAGAUUGAAUACGGCAGUAACAGCGGGAUAAUGAUGAACGGUAAUGGUGCUGCGAGUACACUAAAUCCUAUCUCUGAUGCUCCUAUAUUACCAGCGGUGGAGCAGCAAGGUGAAUAUAAUGUCGUGAUUAAUCUGACAUCGGAUAAUCCCGAUAUACGUUUGGUCAAUGUGGUUAUACAUAAAGCUGGAGGUAGUGAAACACCUGGAGUGACAUGUACUGAUGGUGAAGCUGAUGACCAAAUCCUAGAUGGUGGGAUUGUUAACAAAGCUGUCGAAGAAAUAGAAGUGCCCGUAUGUGCUGGGGAGAUGCCCGUAUGUACAUCAGCGCUUGUGACCGAGAGCGCAGUAGAGCAACCGAGUCCUGAGGCCGGAGCUUCAUCAAUCGUAGUUGAACCUGAGGUUAUUAUGCUAUCUGCAUUGAGUCCAAUGAAAAGCAGCAGUACCCAGACAGUAAUACAUGAUUCCAGCGCGGAGACAAAAUACGCAAACACCAGCACGGUGAAUGACGACCGCAUCCUCCCCACAGCUUUGGCCUCGAGUGCUUCUCGCGAGAAUGUGAGCCAAAUUAUCGAUGUUGAAAUUUCAGCUCCUGUACAGAACUUUCCAAGCACACAAUUGGUAGCUAUAAUCUCGAACGAGUCACAAACUGACCCAAGUACAGGAGUGAUCAGCUUGGGGCUACAAAUAAAGACUUCUAAUAAAUCCCUCCCUUUAGAGGCGAGUGCAUCCGUUAUCCAGAUUACGUCCAAUACAGUGCCACUGUCCAAUGGACACGAGAAUCCAGUCGAAGAGAUCAUUCACUUACAGACUGAACAGGAUGUGCCGAAAAUCUCCCCUCCUCCUUCACAUAAACAUCACGUGAACAACAUGAAGGCCGAAGUGCAUCACGUGACAAAUGCUGACGUCAGUAGCGGUUGUCAUGACAGUGUCGUGGACAACUCACCUGAAGCGAUGUUAGCAGAGUUGGAUACACUUGUUCAAGGAAGUGAGCUACCACCCAAGCCCUGUUUAACAUCUCCAUUUACUCCAGAUGUAAAUAUCCAGGAAGCAUCUCUUAUGAAAUGUACUGGAUUGGAACCUGGACUCGCUGGAUUCACUCCGGACCCUGGACUCAAUCAGAAUCAGGAAUCUUUAAUGUUGUCCACUACCUUCAUUCCUGAAAUGACCAGCCCGUGUUUAUCAACAGCCUUCUUUACGGAACCUCCACAUAUGAAUAGCAUUAACGACGUUUUAACACAAAAACAACUACCGGAGCCUCUCAAACCAACAAGUCUAAGCUCCGUAAGAGGAAACGACCAACAAGGCAAUCAGAGCCAAGAUAUGCCUCCUGCAACAAGCCCGUUGUCAUGUGAGCUAAGCACCGUUAUUGCUGACGUUAUUCAGAGUCUGACGUCACAACAAUCACAGAAGUCCAAUAAAGAAUCAACUAUUUCCAAUAUGGCUGACAAUUCUCAAUGUACUUCAGAGCCCACAGACCAUGCUGAAAAGAAACAAGCAACACUCGUAGAAAACUCGACCAUAAAAGAACCUAAGUUAGGUAUCAACGUUGAAUGCUCAAGCCAGCCCAGCAGUGAGCUCAGUUCUUAUUGUAAACUCCAAACAUCACUACUUCAUUCAAUGCAAAGUAUUGUGGCCGAAGGCUGUCCUGAGGAUGUUGCUUUGCUGGAAGAUAUUUCAAUUGAUUUGACUUUAGAAAAAGAUCCAUCUUUUGCUUCUAUUGUUGUAAUCGAUGACAUAGACGAACAGAAUAAUACCACUGAUCUCAACUUUCCAUGUAUGUCGAAUGAACCCGCAGUGUCGCAGGCCAGCAGGGUUUCCGAGCAGGCGCACUUUGCUAAUGGUUUAACCCAUGAACCAUCUAUGAUGACAUCAACUGCCGUUGCAAAUCAACCAUCACCCGGAGCCACCAGCACGUUUUCAUGUCAAGAACAGGGGUUUCUUGGUGUAACCCACGAACCUAGCACCAAUACCCCCACCUUAACUCAGGAACAGCACUUUGCUAGCAGAAUCUCGAGUGGUUUAGAACAUGAAGCAGUUAUUAUCACAUCUAAUGCUGUAUCGAGUCAAGUGCUGCAGGAACCUACCAGCAUUCAUCCCAGCGUGAUCCAAACACAAGUCUUUCCUUGUGUAGACCAUGCGCCUAAUAUCAUCCACACUGGUGUCAAUUCAAGUAUGAUUUCAGGACAAGUACAACCUUUUUCUCCUGAUCUUCCACAUGAAACAAAUACCAUGCUAUCAACCGUCGUUUCAAGUCAACUACCACGCGAACCUAGCAAUACGCAUUUAAGCGUGAACCAACAGCAGGCUAGCGGGAUUUCGAGUCAAGAACAGCACAUUGAGCAGUACUUUACUUCUGGUUUGGCAUACGAUCCAGCAUCCAGUGUCGUUUCAAGUCAACUACCACGCAAACCUAGCAAUACACAUUCAAGCGUGAACCAACAGCAGGCUAGCGUGAUUUCGAGUCCAGAACAGCACAUUGAGCACUUCUUUACUUCUAGUUUGGCAUACGAUCCAGCAUCCAGUGUUGUUUCAAGUCAACUACCACAUGAGUUUACAAGUACACAGCCCAGCGUGAUCCCUGCUGCUCAGGAGCGACACUUUCUUACCGCUACCCGAGAGGCUACACUCACCUCAAGUCAAGAACAGCGUUUUACAGCUCUGAUGCACAAACCUGACAUUAUACCAUCCUGUGGUAUUUCAAAUCAACACGAGCCUCUCCAAGUGCUGACCAACACACAUCCCAGCGUUAUUUUAGUUCAAGAACUACAGUUUCCUAAUGUAACCCAGGAGUGUACCAAUGCACAUCCUACCGUCAGCCCAACGCAAAAACAGCCAUUUCCUAGUGUGGCUAUGGAAGCAAGUAUUACUCAGCCUGGCGCGAUCUCUAAUGAGGAGCAAAACGUUCCUUCUCUAACCCAAGAACUCGCCAUAGUACUCCCCAGUGGUACAGCUGAGAUGGUACUUCAAGAUACCAUAGUUCUUGAAUUGUUUCCUCAAACUGCUGGUCAUAAUGGUGCUGGCUAUGAUGCUACUAUGUCGCAUGAAAAAUUGGCCAAACCAAUUGAAUCUACAAAUCCAUUUUACCAAGAUAUAAAUCAAUGA